AUGGACUUUUUACGAAAUGUCCUCGAACUCCCUGUGCCGAAGGUCUUGGCCUAUUCAACAUCAUCGGAUAAUCCCGUUGGGCCAGAGUAUAUCCUGAUGGAGCGAGUGGAGGGAGAGAGUCUUUUCUUGCGGUGGUUAUCUCUCACGACCGAAGAAGUGAAAGAUAUCAUGACACAAAUUGCGAGUAUGGAGAGGAAGAUCUUUGACUUUGAUUUCCCUGCAUAUGGAAGCUUGUAUCACAAGAAGGACCUUGACAACAGGGACACGCAGAUACCAAUGGUUGAAGAUUUCUGUAUCGGCUCUAUGUCUGCUCGGCAGUUUUGGCAUGGCCAACGGAGCAAAACAGAAAUUUAUCGCGGGCCCUGGCUUUCGCCCGUGGACUGUGUUACGUCCGCAGCUCGCCGAGAGAUGGCUGUUAUUCAGCACCACGCUAAAGCUCAGCCUCGCCAGACAUUCCUCCUACCAACUGACCAUGGCAUUCAUCCCUCUGAGCACACGUCCUUACUUUCUCAAUUUCUACAACUAGCACCUCAUUUAAUCCGACCAGGCUCUUCCAGCGCUCCAACACUAAGGCACCCCGAUUUAAGUUUGGGCAACAUCUUACUUACUCCCGGAUCAACCAAAAUCGCUAGUAUCAUUGACUGGCAAGAUGCUGUGAUAUUCCCCCGCUUCAUGCAAGCAGGUUACCCUGCGUUCUGCGAGCACGAUCCCUCCCAGCCUCAAAGUCUACAGAUUCCCUCCCUUCCGGAUGAUUUUGAUCAGAUGGACAUCGAUCAACAGAGACAAUCUAAAGCGGUCUUUCGCUUGAAAGAGGCCAAUCUCUACUACAUAGCCGCGACAGGGAUAUACAACGACAAGCAUAUGGAUGUGUUGAGAAUCCCUCAUAUCGGGAUGCAGCAGUAUCUCAUCCGCCAAACAGGGUAUCCCUGGAAUGCGGACCUAAUCAACCUACGUGCUGCAUUAGUAGGAAUUACGAAUCCAUCAGUAUGGAGCAGCAUCUCCUCGGCAGUUUGUCCGGUUGUGUUCAGCGACGAAGAACGAGAGGCUGCUAUGACGGAAUCACAGGAAUGGAACAAAUCUGAGCAGCUACUGUCCCGAGCUAGGGAAUACAUCGGUAUCGAUAUGGAAGGCGGGACUGAGCCUGAGAAUUUUGAGAGGGCAUCGGAGCUUAAUCGGCAGUUUCAAUUGGAAAUGGUUCGGCAAGCAGAGGUAGGCGAGGAGGAGCUCUGCUGGCGUAAUUGGCCGUACAAGGAUGAUGGGGAUGAUAGGGUGCCUCCUUCUGAAGAUAUCUAG